AUGGGGACCAGGGAUGAUGAAUACGAGUUCAAAGUGGUGCUGAUUGGGGACUCUGGAGUGGGGAAGAGUGACCUGAUCUCUCGCUUCACUCGCAAUGAGUUCAACUUGGAGAGAAAAAGGACCAUCGGCGUGGAGUUUGCCACGCGCAGAAUCCAGGUGGACAGCAAAACAAUAAAGGCCCAGAUCUGGGACACAGCAGGACAGGAGUACUACAGAGCCGUCACAGCAUUGUUUUACCGGGGUGCGGUGGGAGCGCUGCUGGUGUAUGACAUCGCCAAGCACCUGACCUAUGAGAACGUGGAGCGCUGGCUGAAGGAGCUGAGGGACCACGCUGACAACAACAUCGUCAUCAUGCUGGUGGGCAACAAGAGCGACCUGUGCCACCUCAGAGCCGUGCCCACCGACGAAGCCCGCGCCUUCGCAAAGAAAAACAACUUUUCUUUCAUUGAAACGUCAGCCUUGGACUCAACAAAUGUAGAGGAGGCUUUCAAGAACAUCCUGACAGAAAUCUACCGGAUUGUGUCCCAGAAGCAGAUAGCCGACAGGUCUGCAAACGACGAGUCUCAGGCCAACAACGUAGUGGACGUAACAAGUGGUCAGGCUUGAUUAACUUCUCUCACAGCCUUUGCUCCUUAACACUGGAGUAGAAGAUGACAUUUUUAAGG